UAAUGCACUGCCUCGUCACACCUCAAGAAAUAUUAACAGUAUUCAAAAACAACAAAAGUUCUUCUCUAUAUACUUUAAAAAGUUCUUAUAUUUUACUGAUCAGUAAGAAAUCAAGAAAAAAUGUCAAGCACUGUCGGGCAUGCCAUUCGUUGCAAAGCUGCUGUGGCAUGGGAGCCAGGGAAACCAUUAGUGAUGGAGGAAGUGGAGGUAGCACCUCCACAAAAAAUGGAAGUUCGUCUUAAGAUCCUCUACACUUCCCUCUGUCAUACUGAUGUCUACUUCUGGGAAGCAAAGGGCCAAAAUCCGGUGUUUCCUCGAAUUCUUGGACAUGAAGCAGCAGGGAUUGUAGAGAGUGUUGGAGAGGGAGUAACAGAACUUGCACCAGGAGACCAUGUUCUUCCUGUGUUCACAGGGGAAUGUAAAGAUUGUGCUCACUGCAAAUCGGAAGAAAGCAAUAUGUGUAGCCUUUUAAGGAUUAACACUGACAGGGGAGUUAUGAUUCAUGAUGGACAAUCAAGGUUUUCCAUCAAUGGAAAGCCCAUUUACCAUUUUGUUGGGACCUCCACUUUUAGUGAGUACACUGUGGUUCAUGUUGGAUGUGUCGCGAAAAUUAACCCCCUUGCUCCUCUUGACAAGGUCUGUGUCCUUAGUUGUGGUAUUUCGACAGGCCUUGGUGCAACUUUGAAUGUUGCUAAACCAACAAAAGGUUCAAGUGUGGCUAUAUUUGGACUGGGGGCUGUAGGCCUUGCUGCUGCAGAAGGAGCAAGAAUUGCUGGUGCUUCAAGGAUAAUUGGUGUUGAUUUAAAUGCUAGCAGAUUUGAGCAAGCUAAGAAAUUUGGUGUGACAGAGUUUGUGAAUCCAAAGGACUAUAGUAAACCAGUUCAAGAGGUAAUUGCUGAGAUGACUGAUGGCGGAGUCGAUAGGAGUGUGGAAUGUACUGGCCACAUUGAUGCUAUGAUUUCAGCAUUUGAAUGUGUUCAUGAUGGUUGGGGAGUGGCUGUUCUUGUGGGAGUACCCCAUAAAGAAGCUGUGUUCAAGACACACCCUAUGAACUUGUUGAACGAAAGGACUCUCAAAGGAACAUUCUUUGGAAAUUACAAGCCUCGUUCCGAUAUUCCUUCCGUUGUUGAGAAAUACAUGAAUAAGGAACUUGAAUUGGAGAAGUUCAUCACCCAUACACUCCCAUUUGCUCAAAUCAACAAGGCUUUUGAUUUAAUGUUGAAGGGAGAAGGCCUCCGUUGCAUUAUCACCAUGGAGGAUUAAUCGAGCUUCUUAGUCACUACUCUUUGGGAAAUGUCCAAUAAAUUCUGUCCAUUGUCUUAUUUUCCUUUGUUUGUUUUGGUGAUUGAGUUGUAACAUUCUAUCCAUGUCUCUUCUUGCUUUUUGCUAACAGAUAUGCUUUGUCCUUCA